CAGAUCUCUCUGUCUCCCUGCCUGCCAUCUCACUUCACCUCUGGCAUUGUAUUUCCCAAGGCAGGCAGGCAUUAUAACUAGCUAAACAGGUGCAGAUAAGCUCCGGUUUCAGCAACAAUAUUUAGGACACUUCCGGAACUGAUACAACUGGGUAGUUGUCUUGUGUGUUUGUGUUGGGAGGGCACAAUAUGUGUGCACUCUGGCUUGUUUUGCACAGCACAGACCUCUCCACCCCAGCCUACAUUGGCCUACUUGUGAAGCAGCCCCUGCAAAAAGUAUCAGGUGGAGCUUUUCUUGGUGUGGAGAUAAAUGUUAUCACCUGCAAAUUGCUGCCGUGUGAGCACGGUGCAAAAACAGAUGGAGCCAAGUCACCAUGGCAACCUGGACCAAGGCCCGUCUUCCCCUGUUGGGUCUCAGCCUGUGUCACCCCGGGGCAGCAUUGUGGGACUGGUUUCACCUGGGUUGUUCCCCAACCAGCUCAGCACAGAUGGAACUGUUAGGUACCAGCCUGAAGGAUCCAGCAGCUCUAUCAAUACUGUGUACAGUGGAGGGAAUGUUCCUCGUGGGACUAGACCCGACACCCUCUUUGACUCUUCCCACAUUCGGUCACAACCUGAUGGGUCUCGCCACUCGACGCUUGAGGCUGGUGGUAGGCAAAUUCAGCCUCUCUCUCUGGAUACUAGCAGAGCUCAGUCAGAGGGCUCUGGUGGGGCCCAGAUGUUCAACACACCAAGUUUACGAUCUCCAGUAGAACUGCGUCCACUUUCUCCAGCCUCUGGGAGCUCCUCUUCCCAUUCCAAUGCAUCACCUACCAUGAAACUUAGCCAGUCUCCCAGUCGUGGCAUUAUGCCUGGACUCUGCGCCUUGGACCCACUGACCUCUAGCAUUUUGGCCACUGUGGAACUGAAGGACACCCUCCCAAAGGCUGAAUCCAGUGACCAUAUCUGCCUGAAUCGGACUGGCUCAUCCCACAGACCUAUGUCUCUCCCCAAAGCUGUCUCUAGUGAGUACAUUUCAGGUGCAAGGGUUGCCCCUUCAAAAUCAUCUAUGCUAUCUAAAGCUGAGUCAGAGGAAUUCAUCUCAUAUGGGAGGACGGGGCACUCUUCCAGAUCCCUGGAUGUGAGCAGCAGCAACAUUAAUGUCAGAGAAAGCCUUCUGGGAAGAUGGAACAAGCCCAAACCCAAGCCAGUCAAUGAGUUUCGCAUCACCGUGGUAACCUGGAAUGUUGGCACAGCCAUGCCCCCCAGUGAUGUGACAUCCCUUCUGCACCUUGACCCAGAGGAUUCCAACGACACCGACAUGGUUGCCAUUGGGCUGCAGGAAGUAAACUCCAUGAUCAACAAGAGACUGAAGGAUGCCCUCUUCACCGACCAGUGGAGUGAACUGUUCAUGGAAGUGCUGAGCCCAUUUAAUUUUGUCCUGGUGAGUACAGUGCGGAUGCAAGGGGUCAUCCUGAUGGUCUUUGCCAAGUACUACCACCUGCCCUUUCUACAGGACAUCCAGACAGACUGCACCAGGACAGGACUGGGUGGAUAUUGGGGCAACAAAGGCGGGGUGAGCGUGCGCAUCUCCAUCUUUGGGCACAUGAUCUGCUUCCUGAACUGCCACCUGCCGGCACACAUGGAGAAAGCUGAGCAGCGCAAGGAGGACUUCACUACCAUCCUCAACUUGCAACAAUUUGAAGGGCCGUCAGCCAACGGGAUCCUCGAUCAUGAUGUUGUCUUCUGGUUUGGGGAUCUAAACUUCCGCAUUGAGAGCUUGGACAUCCGCUUUGUGAAAUAUGCCAUUGACAACAACAUCCUUCACCAGCUCUGGGAGAAAGACCAGCUGAACAUUGCAAAGAGUACGUGGCCCAUCCUGAAAGGUUUCCAAGAAGGACCCUUGAACUUCCCCCCAACCUUUAAGUUUGAUGUGGGCACCAACAUGUAUGACACCAGUGCCAAGAAACGGAAGCCAGCUUGGACAGACCGCAUCCUGUGGAAGAUCAAAGGCUCCAGCAUCUCGUCGCUUCCUGGGAGGUCCAGCUGCGGUAUCCUCUCUGUGACCCAGCUGUGCUAUUGCAGCCACAUGGAGUACACAGUGAGCGACCACAAGCCCGUGGUCUCCAUUUUUGCUGUGCAAUUUGCUUCCAGGGCUGAUGUGCCCCUGGUGGAGAUUCAGGUCUCGGAUGAAUGGACAAAGCCAGAUCAAGCCUUCAUCUGGUAUAAGACCUCUUCAGCUUACCACCGCAGCUCCUGGGACUGGGUCGCUCUGUAUCGGGUGGGCUUUCGACACUACAAGGACUACGUUGCCUAUGUGUGGGCAAAGCAGGAGGACACAGAGAGCAACAUUUACCAGUUAAUGUUUCCAGAGGAGUCUUUGCCUAAAGGAAAAGGUGAAUACAUCUUGGGCUACUAUAGCCACAACUACAGCAGUAUGGUAGGCGUGACAGAACCCUUCCAGAUUUCGCUGCCCACUUUGGAGCAGGUCAGCAGCACCACAGACAGUUCGACCGCCACUUCCGAAGAGGAGGACGACAGUACCAUGGUGCUUCUCAGUUCCAAAUCCCGCAGCCCCAGUCCCGGCAAGAUGAAGCGCCACCGUAGCCGCAGCCCCAGCCUGGCCAAGUUCCAGGGCCUGAUCCUGAGAUCUUCAAGCCGAGACCAGGGCACCAGCCGCAGCCCGUCCCCCCAGGGCCGCCGCUCCAGCAGCAUCCUGAAGGCAGACAUUCCCAGCAUCCAGUUCUCCAAGGACAGCUCCCGGCAACGCUCCAAGUCACGGGAGACGGUGCCAAGCACAGAGAGCAGCACAGCCCCCAGGCUCCAGGCAGCCUGGCACUUCGAUGACAACCCUCUGGCGCGGGCCGACCCUCGCAAUCUGGGCCUGCUGCCAGCCGUGCGCUUGGAGACCAUUGACCAAGUUAUGGCCCACCGUCGGGACAGCACUGACCAGGGCCUGCCUUCCCGUAGAAUGAGCCCCACAAGCCCUACAGCAGGGCUGUCUGCUCUCUUUGGUACCUCCCCAAAUGAGGGGGGAUCCCAGGAUUCCCUAGAUACCAACCACAGCCGGGACGUGGGACUCUGAAAGAACCAGGCCAGCCAUCGUGAGCCCACUGUCAAACCAUCCUGUGUAGUGAGCUUGCAGUAUUAUUCCUCAUGUCCUCGCCUGCCAGUGUUCUGCUGUGUACAAUCUCUGUCUCUCCUUGGUGUGAUGCAAGGCCCUCCCACUCCGGGAGGUGCUGCCACUCGUGAGGCCCUGCCUCCUGACUCAGUCCGCCUGAUAAUCAACCUGCCUUUCAUCAGGGGCUGUGUGAACAAAAGGCUUCUUCCUUGGGGUUCUUCAUCUAUUAAGUCAUGCAGCCUUAAAAGCCCACACAACCAUUUCCUUUGAUGAAUCUCCACCCAGUGAAGGCCAAGGUUGGUUCUGAGGCGAGACCUAUCCACCCAGAGGAUGAUUUCUGCUCUCAAACAGUAGCACUGUGUGGGUGAGGGCAACAGCCUUUUCUCUAAAAGCCUGGAAGCGUCAGUCAGUUGGCCCGGAGAUAACUCUUGCAAUACUUGGCAGCCUUUGUAGAGAGAGGGCUGAGCAAGACCCACCCAUGGCCUUGUUUGGAAAGACAUGCUUGAUGAGGGGGUGCCUUUCAACUGGGUGCAAAAGACUGGGGCGGGGCGUCCUUCGUGGUCAAAGCCAGUUCCCCACAGGAUUAUGGCUCAGCCUGCUCCCAGGGAGUUCACCAGCAGCAGGAUCAAACCAGCAUGGUGCAGCAAAGAUCAAAACUGAGAGCAGGCAGAAGCAGGAGAGGCCUAGUUUUAUGAGCAGGAAGCAGACCAUUGAGUUUACCAUUGUCAAGGCAACAGGGGCUUUCGUUAUAGAGCCAGUUAGGGCUGCAAUGGUUGUGGUGGGGUUCCUAUGAUACUGAAGCGUUUGAUGCUGAGUACCUGGCAGGUAAUUUUUGCUGAGGAGGAAGAGGUGGAUAUGAUGUAAAGUUGACCAUACGGGGACUGUAGAAAUAAAGGUGCGGCUCUUUGUGUCCCCUGUUCUGGAGCAAGGAUGGUGUUGGGGGUGCAGAAGCCUAAAGGGCCAGUUUGGUUCCCUGGGCAUUGCUAGGCCUAUGAUGCCGUUAAUCAAGAACAAAGCAAGCAGUCCAGGGAACUGGGGGGAGGAAGGGGGGCUGGUCUCCCCAUAGGCAGAUCUAUGACCUUCGCUGGGCCGAGUUCAGAGUUGAUGCAAUCUGUCCUACCUCUUUCCCUCCUCCUUUCCAAUAAAUCAUCUAUGAACUUA